GCCCGGCAGUGCGAGCCGGAUAUAUAAGGCUGUGAGCAGGGGCGGUGUUUAGUCCGAGUCUUUGCUGCAGUUGUGCUGGUGCUUUAGAGCCGCGGUUGCAAUCAUGGUGAUGACACUGGGCUAUUGGGACAUCCGCGGGUUGGCACAGCCAAUCCGCUUGCUUUUGGAAUAUACUGGAACAGAGUAUGAAGAGAAGUUCUAUUCAUGCGGAGAAGGUCCAAAUUAUGACAAAAGCUGCUGGUUUGAUGUGAAGCCGAAGCUAGGACUGGAUUUCCCAAAUCUCCCUUAUUUGCUUGAUGGGGAUGUUAAAAUUACUCAGAGCAAUGCUAUAAUGCGCUAUAUUGCGAGGAAACACAAGCUUGCGGGUGAGACCGAUGAUGAGAAGGUCCGUGUCGAUAUGUUGGAGAACCAGGCGAUGGAUUUCCGCAUGGGUCUGGUGCGGCUUGCAUACAACCCUGAUUUUGAAAAUCUGAAGGCUGACUACCUGAAAGGCCUACCAAACUUGUUGAAGCAGUUUUCUGACUUUCUGGGGAAGAAACCUUGGUUUGCAGGUGACAAGAUCACUUUUGUAGAUUUUCUAAUGUAUGAACUCCUUGACGAGCAUCGUGUGUUUGAGCCCAAGUGCUUGGAUGAGUUUCAAAACCUGAAGGAUUUUGUUGCGAAUUUUGAGGCUUUAGAGAAGGUUGCAGCAUACAUUAAAUCGGACCGUUUUAUGAAGGGCCCAUUCAAUAAUAAGAUGGCCAAAUGGGGGAACAAGAAAUAAUGAAGGGAUUUGACAUUCCACGGACCACCGAAACAUAAUGUAUGACGGUUUUUGCAAACUUUAAUAAAAGUUGAAAUGAAUUGUUAAAA